AUGGAAAGAAAUGCAACAAAAACAGUAGAGCUGGUUAAGAAAUCUAAGGGCGAUAACGAAAAAUUAGCCGCCCUCUUAGUCUUCGCAAAGUCUUCUCCAGAAGAUGAAGGAAUGACCGAAGAAACUCUGACAUCUCUGGUAGACAGCGUUGGUUUCGCUUUUUACGAACGCAUCGUUAAAGCCUCGCUUGUUGCAGAAAAGUACGGAGAGUUCACACAGAUUCUCGGCUCCAUCUUACUACAAGAUAAACGGCUUGUGAAGCGAAUGGAAGAUCUCAAGCUUAUCCGUUACUUUAAUCAUAAUAUAACGUCAACGGAAGCGUUGGAGUGUCUUUUGAAUAUUGCAAUUUAUGAUGGUAGAUUAAUUGAUAGGAAGAUGUUCGCAAAAGCUCUCAAAAAGGAGCUGCCAUUUUCUGAUGACGACCAAAAUUUGAAGCUCUUCCAUCAAAUUAUCCGUUUGAUUGGAUUAAGUGACGAGUUAUUCGCCGUCUUUGAGGAGGAAGAAAAGGCUACAUUUUUGAACAUAUUGGAUCUAUUGGAAGGAGUUGACAUUGAAGAUUACAAGGAGCGACUCUUUCUAAUCUUAAUCCCGAUCAUCCAUAAAAUGAGGGAAGUGGCUUAUGAAAGUACUAGUCGCCGUGAACAAGCAAUGUCUAUGUUGGCGAAACUAGCUCGCAACAUCGGGCUGCCGAAAGUCAGCACACUAAUAAAGCAAGAGGAGCUUGAGCUGCUCAUCCGAAUGAUUAUGAUCGAGCUGCAGCAUUCGCUUGUGACAUAUAAAGAGGAAUCCGCGAACGAACUGGUCGACAGCAAUUUCAGCCUCCAUAACUAUUUCAUCUUUCUCGUCCAAUAUUUGGAUAUUUUCGGUGAUGAGUGCAAAGACGAACAUCAAGUGAUUCUUAGUCGUUUGACUGCGGAGAUGAUGCAACGCAUUGAGAACGAUUUUACAAGCCUGGUUGCUAUCAUAUCCUCUGUUCAAUCUUUCACCCAGUACGAUCUUAUCGUCAAAGCCACUAGCAAAUUUCUGGCGACCUGGCUUGAGUGCGACUCUCGGGCCGCGAAAAGUUAUGGGAUAGCUGAGAAUUUAGUCCUAUUAGUUCGCAGAUGGCAUAAGCAAGGAGAAAUAGUACUGAUGGAACAUUUACUGAAUGGAUUGUACAGAGCAACGAACUCGGAUGAAGCUUGCAAAGUGUAUUUCACGGAACAAAUUGGACUUGCAGAGUUCUGUUUUGAGUUGCUGAAGAAACCAUGCUCAGAGAGGACACUGUUUUUAUGCAACGAAAUAAUUACGGAGUACUUUUCGUACUUGGCGUCCGAAGAUCUAAAACCUCACAGAAUGUGGAUAGCUUUUCCCGUGCUCUUGCUCAAGUUCAACGUCUGCCCCAGUUUAUAUGCUUCAUCGGUUUUGAAGCUUUUCGUGUUGGAAGAAAAGAGCUUCAACAUGGAAGUCAUGAAGAGCAUAAUCAGCCAGCUCAGUGGGGCUUUUAUUGAUGGCAUGUUGCAAAAAGGCUAUGAAGAAAAGUUCCCCAUCGGAGUACAGCCUGAGGUUGAUAUUCGGUGGCUUCGUGCGAUGAAGUACUUGGUACCUGUAAUAAGGAAACACCCUUCAGUUGGAUCGUACAUCAAAAGUACGAACUGGAUCCGCGAAAUUGAACGCUUCCUUCACAUAAUGACGACAUAUAUUUCGGAAUCGGGGUUUGUUAGGGCUCUUUUCCCUAGCAACGUAUUUGUUACGUUCGCCGGAAGAGUGCUUAAACCAGACGCCUUCCUAGCCAGUGGUAUUUUUGUCAAUGUUUCCGCAAGAGUUCUUGGUGGAAAGGGAGGAUAUGGUCAACUCCUCAAAGACUUCGGAAAAGACACGAAGCUGUCUAAAAACACGAAAUCACUUCGUGAUCUAUCUGGGCGCAUCAUUCGUGAUAUUGAUGACAUAGCCGACUUAAAGAAAUGGAUCAAGUCAAAUCCAGAACGCCUAGAAGCUAAAAAAGAAGACAAGCUAAGACGACUUAACAAGAAGCUUGUUGAGCCGAAGCAUCAAAUGGACAACUCCUAUCACUUCGAACAAAAAGAACUUAUCGAGGAAAGACAGAGCUCUGCUUUUGCAGAUCUAAAGCGCAAAAACGAAAAAGAAAAGCUCCGAGAAGUUCCAACUAAGAAGAAAAAAUGGUACGAAUUAGACGAAGACGAAGAAUCAAAAGAAGAGAAAAGGCCUAUCAAAGAUGUUAAAGACGUUCUGUCGCCUUCUAAGCUAAGAGUAAAGCAGCUGAAGGAGCGAAUGGACAAAGAGUCAAUAAAGCUUUUUGGAAAAUCAAGUACCGAACUUGAUAAAGAUCCAGCAGUUGUACUUCAGAAUGGGUCAGUUCGGGUUGCUACCAAUCAAGUGAAAUUGGAUGAAGAGGCACCUAUUUGGGACCCCCGCUUCGACGAAUCUCAAGACCCUGUAAUACUGAAAGAGCUAGCCAUCGCACAUAGAAAUGAGAUUCACAGAAGAGAACAGGAAAAAAUAAAGGUGGAAUCUGAAACGACGGACAAUAAAAAAUCGAUUUGCUCGUUUGAAGACAUCGACCUCGAGAAAGUCGAAUCCAUCGAUGCGUUACUGAAUUACUCACUCGACCAUUUGAAAUUCGCCCUCUCGACGCGCAAGCUCAAAUGUGGCGGCAACUUGCAAGAACGUGCAAAAAGGCUUUUUUCUGUAAAAGAAAAUUUAACGGAGUUCAAUCUUGUGAAUGGAAUAACGGAUGCAAACUCGAACUGCGAUCCAAACUCACCGCUAAUACCAUGCGCGUUUUUGCCUGACGAGCUUGUUGAAUGCAAGCUCAAAAUAGUGAAUCGUGAUACUCGAGAGGCGAUAGGUGAAACACUCGGGUUGAAUGAAAGCGAGACUGCUAUGGAAGCUCUGCCGGAAUAUUGCCUCGAAAGCAAUUACAUGAACUCAUCUUUUGGUUCGCAAAAUUACCAAGAUGUAAAGCGCGUGUGGAGCGAAUGCCAGCCAAUUGAUGAUAAAAUCAAGUGCUGUGGCCCACGUCUCUUCUACCGCAAAUUGCCCUGCUUAAAAUACACACACGACGAAGAUGGAAACUGCCGUUACAACUUUCCCACUGCCGUUAUACUAUCUUUGUUUCUUGGAAUCGGCGGAGCUGAUAGAUUUUACAUGGGUUUAACGCCUACUGCUGUCGGGAAACUUUUUACGCUUGGGGGUCUAGGAAUCUGGUGGAUAAUUGACUUGAUUCUCAUCCUCAACGGAGGCGUAAUGCCUGCAGAAGACUCCAGUUGGUGUCUUAAUUACUGA